UUAUUUGUUCAUCCCAAAUGCUUCCCCAACUCUCUUUCCCCUUUGUCUGAGUAGCAGUUUUCCUCUUUCUCUUUCCCCUCUGCAGCUUUACAAUAAAAAAGCUCUAAUUAAUUUUUUUUUAAUCUCUGAUAGUGUAUAUAGUAAAUUCCGGCGGGAGAGAAGGAUUAAGGAAGUGAAAGAGUAGAAGAAAACAAUUUCUCUGCUUCUACGAAACCAACCCCUCAACUCAUCUCUCCUCAGCGUUUUACAACUACUUCUUCUUCACUAAUUUAACUCACUUUUCCAAAUUCCUCGAAGUCUUUUGUGAUUGUUUCUUCCCUCUUCUUUCCUACCUCUCUCUUAUUUUUCCCUGUUUGUCGUCUCUUGUUCUCUUUAUGAAGAAAGUGCUUUGAUGGAGCAGGCCUCAAAAAGUUCUAAUUUACGUGAUGAAGGUCCCUUGGACAAUCCAUUAGCUAAUAUUUCUGGAAAGGAGAGAAAUGCAUGGAGGAUUCCCCUUCGUACUGGUGCUUAUCAUGCAUCAAGUGAUGCAAGCUUAUUCUCUAGCUCGUUACCUGUCCUCCCACAUGCAAAGUUAAAUUAUGGUGACUCCGAACAAAGUCUUCAAUCAGUUGAUGAUGGGCUUCCUAACUUAACUAAACUUAAUCUUGAAGAUGACGGUAAAGAUGUAUUUGAAGGUAGUGAACCAAGUCCAAUUGGUAACUUGCUUCCUGGUGAUGAGGAGGAGUUAUUAGCUGGUGUAAUGGAUGAUUUUGACCUCAGUGAGUUGCCUACUCAAGUGGAGGAUUUGGACGAUGAUAUCUUUGGCAGUGGUGGGGGACUAGAAAUGGAAGCUGAACCCCAAGAAAACCUCAUUAAUGGUCUGUCAAAGUUGAGCUUGCCUGACGGUAUUCCUGGAAACAGUACCGUGCACUAUGCUGUUCCAAACGGCGUGGGAAGUGUUGCUGGAGAACACCCAUAUGGAGAGCAUCCUUCUAGGACGUUAUUCGUCCGGAACAUUAAUAGUAAUGUGGAGGACUCAGAAUUGAGAUCUCUCUUUGAGCAAUAUGGGGAUAUUAGAACUUUAUAUACUGCUUGUAAGCAUAGAGGGUUUGUGAUGAUAUCUUACUAUGAUAUCCGAGCUGCUCGAACUGCAAUGCGUGGAUUGCAAAACAAGCCUUUACGACGAAGAAGACUCGAUAUUCAUUUUUCCAUCCCCAAGGAUAAUCCAUCAGAGAAGGACAUUAAUCAAGGAACUCUUGUAGUUUUUAAUUUGGAUGCAUCAGUAUCAAAUGAUGACCUCCGUCAAAUAUUUGGAGCUUAUGGGGAAAUUAAAGAGAUCCGAGAAACUCCACAUAAACGGCAUCAUAAGUUCAUCGAGUUUUUUGAUGUUAGAGCUGCAGAUGCAGCUCUUAAGGCAUUAAAUAGGAGUGACAUUGCUGGGAAACGCAUAAAACUUGAACCUAGCCGGCCUGGUGGAGCCCGUAGAAACCUGAUGCAGCAGCUGAGUCAAGAGCUGGAACAUGAUGAAACUCGAUCCUUACGACAUCAAGUCGGUUCGCCUGUUGCAAAUUCUCCUCCUGGUUGGCCCAAUUUUGGGAGUCCUGUUGAACCAGCUCCAUUGCAUGGUUAUGGUCAGUCUCAUGGUUUGGGAUCUAUAAACACCAUGAGCAGCAAUCCUUUACCUGGACUGGCCUCAAUUCUUCCAGGCCACGUAUCAAGCCCCGGGAAAAUUGCACCAAUUGGUAAAGAAUCUGGAAGGGUAAGCCACAUGAACCAAUUAGUAACUGAUAAAAAACCAGCACCAGGAGUUUUGAUUGAGAAUUCUUAUUCUAUUCCUAAGCAGAAGUUAAGCCCAAGUCCUGGGCCUGUCUCCCCUUUCCUUGACUUGAACUCCAACUCCUCUGGUAUUGGAACACUUUCUGGUCCACAGUUUCUUUGGGGAAGUCCUACUAUUCAAGCAGAACGAGCAAAUUCUUCUACUUGGUCAACAUCAACUGUCGGUCAUCCAUUUGCAUCGGGUAGACAUGGACAAGGCCAUCCAUAUUCCAGUCGACAAGGCUCAUUCCUUGCUUCACAUCAUCAUGUAGGAUCUGCUCCAUCAGGAAUUCCUUUGGAAAGACGUUUUGGUUUUCUACCCGAGUCACCAGAUGCAUCCUACAUGAGCCAAGUUCCAUUUGGAAGUGCGGGUUUGAGUCCCAAUAAUGGAAACCAUCUGAUGAAUAUGGGGGCUCUGAAUAUUGGUUUGCCUCUUAGUGGAAGCUUCAGUGAAGGUGGUUCUCCAAGUUCUAGGAUGAUGUCACUGUCACGGAAUGGACCCUUAUUUUUUGGAAAUGGAUCUUAUGGAGGAAUAGGGACAACCAACCUUGAGGGAUUAGCUGAGCGUGGUCGAAAUCGUAGGAUUGAGGGUGGGAAUCAGAUAGACAACAAGAAACAGUAUCUGCUUGAUUUGGAGAAAAUAGUUAAGGGGGAAGAUACUAGGACUACUUUAAUGAUUAAAAACAUCCCCAACAAGUACACCUCAAAGAUGUUACUUGCCGCUAUUGAUGAAACUCACAAGGGUACCUAUGAUUUCCUCUACUUGCCAAUAGAUUUUAAGAACAAAUGCAACGUUGGUUAUGCCUUCAUCAACAUGGUGUCUCCUUCACAUAUAAUCUCCUUCUAUGAGGUUUUCAAUGGCAAGAAAUGGGAAAAGUUUAACAGUGAAAAGGUUGCUUCCUUGGCAUACGCACGUAUCCAGGGAAAGACUGCACUGGUUGCGCAUUUCCAGAAUUCAAGCUUAAUGAAUGAAGAUAAGCGAUGCCGUCCAAUUCUUUUCCAGUCAGAAGGUGAAGGCAUUGGUGAUCAGGAGAUUUUUCCAUCCAGCAAUCUGAAUAUCUGUAUCCGACAGCCUGAUGGAUCUUACACUGGCGACUCUCUGGAUAGUCCAAAAGGUACUUUUGACGAGAAGCUGGAGAAGAGUUGAGCAUGCAUGGGAAGUAGCUAACUACUACACUAUAGAAGCAGUGAUGGAAAAGUAGCUCAGAGGUUAUUAAAAGUUUCUGGCAUUGUGUGCUAAUUAGUGCACAAAAUAUUCAAGUACAUAUGGUAAAUAGUGAAGCUAAUGUUGGAUGCAAUAAUUCUGUGUUCAAGUCAGUAUCCGGUUUUUGGGUUAUGGAUACUCCAUAAUACUUGAGAAAAACUAUUGAAGAGACAGAUGGAGCAUUUUGUUUAUAGAUACAGUUACAAAUUGAUAUUCAUCAAGGGAAGUAGGUGAAGCAUUCUGCUUACACUUGAAGAUUCUCCUGGUGUAUGUUUUGGUCUCCUAAAUGUGCAUGAUGUCUCUUUCUUUCGUUUUUCCUUCUCUGUCUUGUCAUUUUCUUACAGUGGUUUCUAGGCUUGCUAAAUGUAUACAUGUUUAUAGAGCUGGGAGAGUUUCGGUAUGUCGAGGUGCAGGCUGUUUCCAAAGUGUAUAGUAGGAGAAAACAGGAACUGCAUCUUGCAUGUGUUCUGUCCUGGAGUCUUGGGACUGAUUGAAACCUCUUCAUUGUAACUUUGAUGUACAGACAACUUUAUCAAAUUUCUCCCUUUUUGUAAUCCGAAUUUGGUUGCUAAUUUCAAUAUCCAACUUUGAAGUAAA